UCUGUGUGUGUCCGCGCGCGCGCACCAAUGUAGUUGCCGCAGACAUUUCAGUCGCCGUCCGUCCAGCCAGACCUCGCUUCUUCUUUCUUCACUCUGCGGGCUGCAACACGCUUCAUUUCGCUUUCAUUUUCCUGUAUUUUCAUUUGAAGAAUAACGACUCCUUUUACUCGCCACGACACUGCUAAUUUAUCGCUGACGCCUUUUAACCCCCACCUUUUACGCACUUUUAAAAAGCAAUGCGGCUCGGAGGGACGUGUUUACGGAAAUUAACGGUCAAAGCAACAUUUCAGCCGACGGUGAUUUAGGAGAGGACACCGGAGCCCGUUCGGACUGUAAACAGCAAGGACGUGCGGCACAGAGGUCAGUGAGGAGGAUGACAGCCGAGGAGUAAAGAGCGGUAAAGGAGGAAUGAAAAAGAGACCUAAGUAAGUGAACGAAGUGGAUCUCCAAAGUGCCUACUGCCAGGGUUCAUCCGCCGAGUCUGCUGGAUUACAGCAGGACAGGGCUCGGCGUUUAGCCUUGAAUGGAGGCUGUAUUUUAUCCUGACAGCCACAAUCAUCCAUCCCACGUUGCCAAGUCGCAGUCCCAACAUACCUUGGACUGAGCUGCCACCUUGCCUCAUCUUCGUCAGGAUAUCACCGAGUAGUUCUGCCUUUUUUUCGCUCUGCAGAAAUCCCCCUAGUUUUUUCGAUCAGGCUGCAACAGUGGAACCAAUGCUACUGCCUCAGCCUCGGCCAUGUUGACGUGAAUGUAACAGAGACUUAUAGCGGGCGUCGGUUGAUACAGGUGAAUGCACGGACACUCAGCAACAUAUCCUAUAGCAUGCCCGAGUGAUGUCCUGAGAACAUUUUCUUUUUUUUUGUUUUUUCUUUCUUCGUUGGAGACAGAGCUGGACUCUGCUCAAAGUCGAACCUCUCUAUCUCACCCCGGUGAAACUUCAGCUGCCACUUUUCCCAGGAAGAGCUAAUAAACAUCCCCCAAAAUCCACAAGCUGAAAGGACCUGCUGCUUAUUUGCACUGAGGGAAAAAAAACCCCCAAAAUAGUUUGGCUUCUUCUUCCUCUAAAUUUUUUGUCUGGAAUUUAUCUUUGAAUCACCGUGAGUCACGCCCCGCUCUCUUUAGAAACUUCUCCGUCCGUUUGCUCGGCGCUUGUGAGCGGCUCUGAUGGCUGUCAGCAUGAGCAUGGGACGAGACACCAAAUGGCUGACCUUGGAAGUGUGUCGAGAGUUUCAGAGAGGCACCUGCUCGCGCUCUGACGCCGAGUGUAAGUUUGCACAUCCCUCGCGGAGCUGCCAUGUGGAGAACGGCCGAGUCAUCGCCUGCUUUGACUCACUCAAGGGGCGCUGCACACGAGAGAACUGUAAAUACCUGCACCCACCUCCGCACCUGAAAACCCAGCUGGAGAUUAACGGGAGGAACAACCUGAUCCAGCAGAAGGCCGCGGCAGCCAUGUUGGCUCAACAAAUGCAGUUCAUGCUGCCUGGAGCGCAACUGCAGCCCAUAACAACAUUCCCAGUGACACCCUCCCUGGCAACAAGUCCCACCAUGGCAUUCAGUCCCUAUCUGAGCCACAUGGGCCCAGCGAUGGGCCUGAUGCCUGAGCUGCUGCCCAGCACUCCCCUGCUGGUUCCUGGGAGUCCCACCGGCCUUGCAGCCAUGGGUAAUGGCACCUCCACGCAGAAACAUGUGCGCACAGACAAGCUGGAGGUCUGCCGAGAAUUUCAGCGUGGCAACUGUACGCGGGGCGAGAGCGACUGCCGCUACGCUCACCCUCUGGAGGCCGGCAUGGUGGACUGCAGCGAGAACUCAGUCAUCGUCUGCAUGGACUACAUUAAAGGUCGCUGCAGCAGAGACAAGUGCAAAUACUUCCACCCUCCAGCUCACCUGCAGGCCAGGAUCAAGGCUGCACAGCACCAAGCCAGUCAAAACACAGCAUCUGCAGCCUUGACUUUGCCUCCAGGUGCCAUGCAGCUACCAAAGAGGCCCGUCUUGGAGAAGAGCAACGGAGCUGCUGCCACUGUCUUCAACCCCAACAUGUUCCACUACCAGCAAGCCCUGGCGAACAUGCAGAUCCAGCAACCAGCCUUUAUUCCCACCGUUCCCAUGAUGCACGGUGCCACCACCUCCACUGUUUCGUCGGCCUCGACCCCAGUCACCAAUGUUCCUUUCGCUGAAUCUGCCGCCUCGAAUCAGACCCCUCCGAGCUUCUGACUUCUGAUCCAGUGGAGCUCCAGUGCGUUCCCAUGGAAACUCAUUUCUGUCCCGUCCCCAAACUGCUGGUGGCAGCUCCAGUGGCACUAAACUCAGUAAGCCUUUCCCGAAACCCCAGUUAAAGUCGCUGAAACUCGCCCCCGCCAGCAAACAUGUGCCUCACCUACAGUGCACACCGACUGAGUGACGAUGUGAAGCUACUUACACAAUUUUACGAGAGCUGGGAAGUUGCGACGGUUCAUGCAAUACAAACCUGGACGUAUUAUUAUUAUAAUUAUUAUUAUUAUUAUUACUGUUGCUUUAAAGCAGCCAUCAUGAUGCAUACUGACUUGAUCAGGCUGAGCAAUAGAGCCCCCUCUUUCUUACAGCCAUACACACAAACACACACACACACACACACACACACACACACACACACACACACACACACACACACACACACACACACGCUCACACACACACAGAAAUCCAAGAAAUAAAAAAAAACAACAACAACAAAAAGCCCUUUAUGGGUUGGAGCCAUCACAUGAGGCCAUCCAACAUGUCUGACUGUUCCAAAGUGGGAAACCCUGAGAAGUUCAGACUAUUAGAGCAGCAAACGGACCUGCUGCUGCUCUGCAACCACCACAUGUCGUCAGAAUGAAAGAGCGUUCCAUAUUAUGUAUGGUCAGUGUUUCAGGAGGACGAACAAAUGUAACGUUCAUGUUGAACCAUGAAUACUCAGUUUUGCCGCCAUGGUCCCAUCUCACCUGGAGCAACAUGAAUCAGGAGUCGUGUUUCAUUUGUUUGUGCCUUUCAUUUCUCUGCUGAGCUGCAGAGGGGACUUGGUUUCGCAUUUGAAAGGGUGGAAGACGGUUUAAUUGAUUUAAGGCAGCAUCAGUUACAAAACCAACAUAUUGUGUUCGCCUGUAGCCACUACUGGAACUCAAUCUACUCACUGCAGUAGUUUCAAUUUAAAGUUCAUUGGUUAAUAUUAUGUGGAGUUUAUUCAGUUUUGUCCCUGGUUCCAUAGUCAGGAUCUGGUUCAUUGUAGCAAAUAAGGCAUCUUUGUUCUGUGAUGCAAUAACCUUGAAAACUACAAAAAAGAGAGAUUUAAUUAGACCACUAUCACUUUUACCAUAGCGGCUGAGUGGAGAGACUUUUCUAGGCUCUGAAUUUCUCUUAAUAUACAAGAAUGGAAAAACAAACAGGUUCGAUUAUGUUCUUCAUCUCAGUCCCGAACAACACCCUCGAAGGAUCGAAACUGAUAAAUGUGAGGGGUGGAGUCUUCUCGAGUCACGGUGUUUGAUCUCCUGUGUGUGACUGGUAGUUGUGUUAAAAACUGGAAAGCAGAGGUCCUGCUUUGUUCUUCAUGUGAUAUCUGAACCACGAGUGAAGUCCCGAUCACCGAAUAGCUGUGUCAAGACUUUGAUUUAUUAGUCUGAUCUGAGUUCACAGACUUAUAUAAUUGGCAGCCCUAACACUGUUACUACGCCUGAUGUCAACUGUUGCAAAGGAUGGAAGCUGGACGUGUUUCCUGGUAUUGUGCCUGAAGUCUAUUGUAUAUGCAAGGAGCGCUCCCCCGUUUGACGCAAUACCCGACAAAUGUCUCCCUCAAUUUCAAAAAGGCAGUUUGUUUGUGCAACUAUCUCCAUUCAUGCGGCUUUUAAAUCAAUUAUCUGGCACAAGUUUUUAUUCUUUUUUAUUAUUUUGUUUUUUGGCUCUUCAGGGAGAAAGCUUAGAACUUGAAAAUGUCCUGUCUGACUUUAAAAUGUGUCGUCUUUUCUACCGAUGUCUCGUUUUCGUCGAAAGUCGUCAGACUCUAAAUAAUAAAGCCACAGUUGUUAUAAGCAGGAUUGUGUAGUGGUCUAAAAAAAAAAAAAAAAAAGAAAGGAAGAAAGAAAGAAAGAUCACCUGUUUUGUUGUGUGAUGGAGGAGAAAGUACUAUACCCAGGUGGGUUGCUUUGUGUGUAAAAUUGAAGUGAACAGCUUUGUGCUGAAAUUACUUUUGUCUAAAUUCGAAUGUGCCUCUUCAAAGUCUGCUCAAACCACCGCAGUCAAUACACUGCAAGAACAGACCAGUGCUCCAAGGUAAACAUGUCAUUUGGUUCACUAUUAUUACAUGAAAAUUGCAUCUGUGAUCGUUUCUUCUCUGAGACAGCUGCGCUGUCGAGAUGUUGACAUAAAGAAUUAAACCAGCGGGUUGUGCGUUGAAAGAGACAGUGAAAUCACAUAUUUGGUUAGUUGUAAAUGCUGCAGAUAUCACGGCAUUUUUUUUCCACUCGACAUUAUUCAUUUAAAAUAAUGUUAAUGUGUUGUGAAUGUAUCUAAUGCAAAAACCUUACACAUGCCUUUUUGAGAGAGAGGCAUGCUGAAAUGUAAUGAGUCACUAUAUAUAGACUAUUUCAGAGGUCACAUAGUUACCAUGCUGAUACUGUGUUAAGACAUAUUAAAGUAUGUGUAUUGUUAUAUAGAUUUCUAUUUAAUGUCAAUGAGUGGUUGUGGCUACUUUGAAAUAUCUUUCACUCUCGGAAAAGGUAGAGCAGAGCUGUACUCUUUCAAGUGCAAAUGUACACAGUUCGGGUACAUUACAGUACCAUGUCUAGCUGGUCAGUUUUUGUACCCCUUAAAUAACAAAAGUACCCAAAGUGGCCAAAAUGCACUAUAAAAGGAACUUAUAAUCACUGGGCAG